AUGCCUGGGGCGCCCGUAGCUCUUUCUCUUGCCCUCGCGGCCUUUUGCUCUCUUUCCUGCGCUCUGCAGCCCUACGAUGGCCCGGCGCCCCAGCUCCCCGACCGCACGCCUUUCGGCUUCGGCGCAGCCGCUACUGGAGGCGGCACGCCCACCGCGAACAACACCUAUGUGGUCGACAACAUGCCCGACCUGCGCACCGUCCUGAAAAUGGAAACCCCGCGCACCGUCUACGUCAAGGGCGAAAUCAAGGGCAGCGAGAUCAACGAAACCGUGACGGGCGACUGCCAGUUCUACGUUGACAGCAGCAACAACUCGAAGUUCAACUUCACCCUGUAUCUCAUGGGCAUGAACGAGACCUACACCGGCCUGGUGCAGGAUGCAGCCGACGCCGGCCAGCAGUUCGACGGCCAGAACGCCACCGAGUUGCUCGACCUGAUCAAGCGCCAAAAUGGCUGGCGCAGCCAGGUGCAGAACGUGCAAAAGUCGUGGGAAUCCAUCGACGCGGCGGGCAACCUGACGCUGGUCGGAUGGGACUCGUCGGCCUACCUGCACGGCGUCAACCUCAACUUCAACACGCGCUCCAACAUCAUCAUGCGCAACAUCCGCAUCUCGUCUCCCCGCGACUGCUUCCCCUCGCCCGAGACGUACCCCAGCAGCUGGAACGCCCGGUACGACGCCGUGUCCAUGGUGUCGUCGCACACCGUGUGGUUCGACGGCAACGUCUUCGAGGACGGGCCCACGGCCGUCGCCCCCGACGACUUCCUGUGGGGCUGGAAGGUCGACCGCUACGACGGCCUGUUCGACGCCGAGGACGGCACCGACAGCGUCACCUUCUCGCACAACGUCGUCGCCAACCACCACAAGUCGCUGCUGUGGGGCGGCGGCGAGAAGGAGGGCCCCCUCGACCUGGGCAAGAUGCGCUUCACCGUCUUCGGGAACCACUUCUCCAACAGCAUGAGCCGCAACCCGCUCAUGCGCUUCGGCACCUUCUACAUCGUCGCCAACCUCUUCGAGAACUACGCCGAGCAGGCCCCGCUCUUCGCCGACGACAGCGUCUCCUCGCCCAACGCCACCAAGCGUGCUACCACCGCCGCCGCCGCCGCCAACGAGACGUCCUCGUACAAGCCCAACUUCCAGUACAACCUCGGCGUCUACAACGCCUCGACCGUCGUCGUCGCCGCCAACGCCUUCGUCCAGUCCGGCACCCACGGCGCCGACGACUCGUCCCGCAUCUUCUCCUUCUCCGACCUAUCCACCCCGCAGCUCCCCGCCACCCUCUGCUCGCCCGCCGACAUCGCCAACUCUUCCUCCUCUUCCUCGGCCCUGGACGCCCUGAAGAUCAAGAGCACCUUCAACGGCGCCUCCAUCGACCUGCAGCGCAACGCCGAGAACACGUGGGCGUACGCGCGCGAGGACGACGACGACGGCGAGUUCGUCGACGGCGGGUUCGUGACGGGGUGCGAGGGGUUGGCGGCGCAAGAGGUGCCGGUGGACGCGUUUGGUGGGGAUGCCGCCGCGGUGGAGGCGUAUGUCAGGAAGAAUGCGGGGCAGACGACGGCGUGA